CCUUUUUUGGUUCUUGUAACGAAGCGGCUCUUUCCCACAGCACAAUUCCCGAUUGCGAGAGAUUGCGAGAGACGAAGAAGUAGAAACCUCAACCAAGCAAUUGAUCGAUCGACUGACCUAGCAACCAUGAGAUUGUCGAAUGCCUUGCAUGCUGUGUUGGCGGCUGCUUGUAUGGGUCCGACAGCGGGGAUUCAUGCGUUUGAGCCGAAACUAGGGGAAGAAGCGCGAAAGUUGCAGCAGCAAGAAGAUAUCUUGGAUUACAGUCCUUUGACACAAGUGACAGAUCAAGCGGCCCUCGAUUUGGAUCUGCUUACCAUGGAAAACUUGUUGAAUCUACAAACACCAGAGUCCAUGGCUCAAGCACAAGCAGUCUAUGAAGAAGGUGCAUUCACGCAAAACUACGCUGUCUUGACAUUGACUAGUCCCGUGGGCGACGGGGUCGACCUGCCGAAGGGAAUGUCUGUUUCUGGACCUGCCUUUGUCAAUCCCGCUGUUCAGGCUCGUGGGUUUCUCAUGGAGGACCUUCAAGCCGGCGCCACGGAAGUGUUGGUUGCGUACGCAACAAGUGCUUCUCAACGAUCCUACGUAGGAUGCCAAGUGGGUGCUAGCCCAGAUCCCACUCUUGAUGAAUGUUUCGGGGGACAGGGCAUUAUGAGCAUCGGUGGCCCUGAUGAUCCCGUUAUCUACAACUUGGACUACACGUAUAAUGCCCUCAGCGAUAACAAGAAUGGACGCAGCCUUCAGAGCAUUAGCACGAACGCACGAGAUACGAUGUACAACUGCGAUAACUGCCCGUAUGGCACGUACGAAAAGUUCUUCAACUACUACAGCAGCUUUGACUACGGGAACGAAAUGAUCAUGGCAGCCUUCACCGGUGGAUCCACGAAUUUUGCCAAUGGUAAUCUCAACUUUGGAAACUUUGAGUCCACAACAUCUGACGGUGUUGUAGAGUUUGUCCACAAGGGAAGCGUGUUCUUGAAUGUUUUCAUGCAAGUGAUCAAGUCAAUGGAGGAUGCUUGUUACGACUGCGAUGCUGGGUGCCCCGUUACUGGCUGUGGCGAUGACAAUACGAAUCCGUGGGACAAGGCAGUGGCGUACUUUGUAGGAUCCAUGGCCAAGGUAACCGACGGUGACGAAGGAGACUUCCUGUACAACAUUGCAAACAAACGGUGCCGUAGCUUUGGAACUUGCGAGGGUGGCAGCUCCAAGGCUAGUGACGAUAUUAUGGCAGAGUUCCUGACAGGACAACGGCAAUUGCUCGUGGGAAACUGCGCCGCUGCCAGAACAUCCAAAGAUCGCAUUUCCAACCUCAUGGCUGUUCCAUUGAUUCAAGGAACUUUGCGUUUUGCAUAUCUGAAAGAUGUUCAAGACGUCACCGACGAGAGGGCCAAUGCCUUGGGGGCAGUCUAUGCUUCUGGUGUCCUUCCUCUUGUCCACGCAUGUAGCCCGGUCGAUGCUCAGGUCAUCUACAGCAACAUGAUGCUUGGAGCGUUGCUUUCACCCCGAUUUGAGGAGGUCAAGUCUGCCUUUGAGAGAAACUACCGGUGCUUGGGUUUGACUUGUGCCGAUAUUGGCGGUCUCGUCCUUGCUAGUUCAGGCGACUCCACCAGCUCUAUUCGAAACUUCGUCUCAGGAGGUGAGCCAUGUGUUGAUAGCGAAAUCCUUGCUAACGAAGGUACCACCACGCAACCAGCUAUCGAAACCGAAACCACGCAGCCGGCUGUCGAAUCCGAAACCAUGCAACCUGCUGCGGAGUCCAAUACCACGCAGCCUGCUGCUGAGUCGAACGCCACGCAACCGGUUGUCACUUCUGAAACAACGCAACCUGCAAUUGUUGAAACUGCUGCACCGACGACUCUUGUUGUCAACUUGACGACUUCUGAGACUCAAGUCACAGUUACAACCACGCAGACGAAUGUGACUGUCACCACCACGCAAACUGAUGUGACCAUCUCGUCGGGGGAACCCGAGUCGACUGUAGAUUCAGUGACUGUGUGUCCUCCCUGCAGCGCGGCAUUUGGUGGGGACAGCAGCAUUUCGGCUACAAAGACAGUCGAGGAAUGCCCAGGACUUGUGAAGGAUCAAAUUCAGAAUAUCCCACCAAGCUGUGACUGUGCCUGUUUCGUGAACUCCAACUUUGCCUUUUGCGCAACCCCAGAUAUCAUCUACAGUGGAAGUGGCUCUCUUGUGGGUCCCUGUGAAGUUGGAUCAGUGGGCGGAGCCAUGGAAGAAGAAGAAUCAGAGAAACCAGAAGAGACGGCACAGACUGGUACGGGAGUUUUCACAGGACCCGCGACAGAGGAGUACCCUGAAGAAGAAGAAAAACCCAAGCCCGACCGAGAGGAUGACGAGGAAGAAACAGAAGAAGAAGACACCGCUGGCAUAGCCCGUCCCAGUAGUGGUGGAGGUUCAGAUGGAGGCCCAAGCGAAGAGGAGGAAGCCUUGCGGGCGACCAAUGCAACAUCCGUCAACGAGGAAGAAGAUGAGCUCAAUCAGGAUGGGGAAAUUGAAGUCAACGAAGACCGUCCUACUUUUGUGUUUGCCAAUUCGGCAACUUCUGGUGCAUCCUCAACGUCCACGACCCUCCUCAGUGGUUUCGCUGCUGCCUGUUUGUUCUUGUAUGCGACUGUUUCUGCUGUCUAAGUUAAGUUGGAAGCAACGGAGCAGAGUUGGAGACUGACUCACACGUACUUCGGCCGUCAAGUGAUCUGUCCAUAGGCGCUACGCUUGCCCCGUAGAUAACUCCCACUAAAUAUUAACUUGUACAUUUGAAUAG